AUGGCUCCCGCUCGACGCCAUAUCGGGGCAAGCCGUAGGAAGAGACGUGACGAUGACGGCGAGGACGAGGCCUCACAGGUUGGAGAGCUGGACGAUGAUUCCUUGAGCGAGGGCUCGGUCGACAGCCACCAGGAAGAUGAAGAUGCCGACGGGGAAGUUAGCGAAAGUGACGAAGCAGCUUCGACCACGCUGGACACGGACAAGCUCAACGGGAAGACCAACGGCCGGGCCCCCAGUCAGACCGAACGAGACAGCUCUGCAUGCCCCAGAAAACCAGGACUCAAGAUGACCGUCUCCGAUACAGAAGCGAUGUUGAACGGAAUGAAGGUGUCUGACGAUAGCGAGGAGAUCAGUUUUGACCAGAUGGGGGAACGGCGAGACCUACAGACGGGCCGGACACCGUCUGCUCCGCCCACCGAACCGAAGCGGGAGACCUUGGCUGCAAGGAAACGCCGGGAGCAUGAGAAAUACGUCAAGGAGCGAGAGCAGAAUCCGGCCUUUGUGCCCACUCGAGGAAGUUUCUUCUUGCAUGAUAAGCGGACGUCAGAGGCGGGACCCAAUAACCACCGUCCCUUCAACAAAGGAAAGUCGAGACCUGUCGGUCUCAUUGUGGAUGGGAAUUCUCGCAAGAACUCUACCUCCAAGCCCGACGCAAGCGAAGGGCAGUGGACACACGACCUCCAUGAUACAGUUGCUGGCGAGAAUCCAGCGCCCAAGCAGGUGCCCACCACCGCUGGAUCGUUCCCAUCAGUUCAGAAUGUCCCGACCGCCCCUCGAUCUGAACCUCCGAAUCGUUCGUUCUCCAGCACUACCUUGAUCGGCAAUGUACCCGUCGUUGUCUUCCUCCCGGGAAUGGCACAGGCCAAGUCGUUCCCCGCGGUGCCCAAAAAGCAGCAUACCCGUCUUCCUCAACACCGCCCUCCCUUGCGCCGCGACAAACCGGUGCGAAUUUCUCUUCCUGGUCAACCUCCUCGCUACAUUUUCCCGUCUACUGAGCGUUCCUUCAUCUUUAUUCCCCGUGCAUUGCGACCGAAUCAGCAGGGCUACCGAGGCCGGGGUCGAGGUGGUGGUUUCUACCCUGGCCGACGACCCAGCUAUUAUAACACCUACACGCCCAGCGUGCUCAGUGUCAGCCGACGAUCAUCUCUCGGAAUGUCCGUCUCCCAAGAUGGCUACCCGUCACCGGCAGGCUCGGUGUACUCGCGGCCAGCCAUGGUUGUUCCCGAUGCUAGCAAGCCCGUUGUUCGUCUGCCUCCUCCUCCACGCCCUCCCGUUAACAUGCCGCCCACCGGUGCUGGACUGCCGCCAGGACCUAUGCCGUCUAUGCAAUUCCCACACUUCGGCUAUCGUGAAAGUCGCCCGGCCCCCAUCCCCAUGCAUCAACCUCGCCCUCAAAAGGCUGUCUCCGUGGCUGAUAUCGAGAGCCCGGCCAGCUUCCCAUUCAAUCCACCUCAGCCCCAGCAGGAGCAACCAUUCCACCAUCAGGUUCCCGUUCCUGUCCCCGUCGCUGGGCCUGGUCAAGAGCAGAUGACGCAGGGCCCUGGCCAGCCCUCAGGAACUCCGCUUUCGCAGAUUCCCGAGCGGGCGAUCCAUGCUCAGCCUUUCCAGCCAUACGGUUAUCAACCACCGGGAUAUUACCCAGGCUACCCUCCUGGUGCUAUGUAUUACCCCGGAUCUGGCCCUGACUAUGCCCCAUACAAUGGACCGAUGGGACCGGGGGUCUCAAUGCCUAAUUUCCCUCCGGGUCAGCAGCCGAUGCCGUAUGUUGUUCCCUCGUCCUCGGGAGAGCAGUCGUCGCAGCCCGGUACCGUUGCUCAUGAAUCGGGUGGCACGGUGUACUUUUACGAUGCCAACCAGAUGUACUCCGGUGCCAAUUACGGGGGUCAAGGUCCAGGGCAGGGGUCUGGGGGAGUUGUGGGGAUGGGAGGCAUGAUGACCCCUCCUGGUCCCACGUAUUACUACCCACAACCGCCUGGGGCCGGGGGGAGGCAUGUACUAUGGACCACAGUGAUUGGACUGAUGUGCAUUGGUCUCAGCUCCUCUGUUGGAUGA